AUGGAAGAGAUAAUGCUGGGAAGCUCUGUCCAAGACCUCGAUGAUGUGAAGAAGCUUGCCGAAAGCGGAACGCAAGCAGACGCCAUGGCGGUGAUCGUCAAGAUCCGAGCGGGUAUCGCCGCGAUCAAAUAUCUAAACCAUCAGAACCCACCCAAUGUCAAUGGUCGCCUGACUGCGAUUGUCAACAAUGUUGGCGCUCAGUUUCGAGCUUCGCAGAAUGCCCACAACGCUGCAUUUCCCAACGACCCAACAACGAUCGGCGACUUCUGGUUCGAGUGA